CGGAGCGUCCCCAGCGCCGGCCGCUGCCAUGAGCGCUCCGGUGCCGCCGUCGGGUCGCGCUGCCCGGGGCUGAGCCCGGGCCGGGGGUCCGCGGAAGGCGGAGGCAGCGACACCCCGGGACCCCCGGGGUGAGGGGGGGGGGGGCAGCGGCCGCCGCGAUGUCGGCGCAGAGCCUGCUGAGCAGCGUCUUCUCCUGCUCCUCCCCGGCCGCCGCCGCCCCCGCCGCCAAGAGCCUCUCCAAGCGGAGGCUCCGCCAGACGCGAAGCCUCGACCCGGCCAUCAUCGGCCGGGAGGACGGCGAGGGCGCGGGGCGGGCGCCGCGGGCACGGACCCCGUGGGAAAGCCGCGGGGCUCGGAGCGCCCCGCCGCCCCUCGGCGCCUCCUUCUCCACCCCGAGCACCCCGCUGGAGCGCUCGCCGCCGGGCAGCGCCCUUUUCGACGAGGAGAGCCCCCGCGGGAAGCGCAGCCCCGGCUGGGAGCUGCCUUUCCUGGCGCGCACCCCCUCGGCAUCGGCGCUCAGCGGCCCCGCCAACAGCAUCUUCUCCUCGCCCCGGCGAUGGCUGCAGCAGAGGAAGGGGCAGCCCUCGCCGCCCGGGACUCGCCCCGACGCCUACGUCGUGUGGAAAUCCGAGGGUGAUUUCACUUGGAACAGCAUGUCAGGGCGCAGUGUUCGGCUGAAGUCAGUUCCCGUUCAAAGCCUCUCAGAGCUGGAGCGUGCUCGGCUGCAGGAAGUGGCUUUUUAUCAGUUGCAGCAGGACUGCGACCUGGGCUGUCAGAUUACUGUCCCCAAAGAUGGACAAAAGAGGAAGAAAUCAUUAAGAAAGAAACUGGACUCAUUAGGAAAGGAGAAGAACAGAGACAAAGAAUUUAUUCCCCAGGCUUUUGGAAUGCCCUUGUCCCAAGUGAUUGCUAAUGACCGAGCCUACAAACUUAAGCAAGACUCACAAAGAGAAGAACAAAAAGAAGUUUCAGAUUUUGUGGCCUUCCUCUUGCCAUUUGGAACUAAAAGACAGAACAAAGAUCUUUCAAGCAGUAACUCAUCUCUUAGCUCAACCUCAGAAACACCGAAUGAAUCCACUUCUCCUAACACGCCCGAGCCAGCGCCACGAGCAAGGAGACGUGGUGCAAUGUCUGUGGACUCCAUUACAGAUCUUGAUGACAAUCAAUCACGAUUGUUAGAAGCUCUCCAGCUCUCUUUGCCAGCAGAAGCUCAGAGCAAGAAAGAAAAAGCAAGAGAUAAGAAACUAAGCCUGAACCCUAUUUACAGGCAGGUUCCCCGGCUUGUUGAUAGUUGCUGCCAGCACUUGGAAAAGCAUGGUCUCCAGACAGUAGGAAUAUUCAGAGUUGGAAGCUCAAAAAAGAGAGUAAGACAGUUACGUGAAGAGUUUGACCGGGGCAUAGAUGUUGUAUUAGACGAAGAGCACAGCAUUCAUGAUGUUGCUGCUUUAUUAAAGGAAUUUCUGCGUGACAUGCCUGACCCACUUCUUACCAGAGAACUUUAUACACCUUUCAUCAACACUCUCUUAUUAGACCCAGAUGAACAGCUAAGCACCUUACAGCUUCUCAUUUAUCUUCUACCUCCCUGUAACUGCGAUACCCUACACCGGCUGCUGCAGUUCCUCUCCACAGUGGCUCACCAUGCAGAAGACACCACAGACAAAGAUGGCCAAGAGAUUACUGGGAACAAAAUGACAUCACUCAACCUGGCUACCAUCUUUGGCCCUAACUUGUUGCACAAGCAGAAAUCUACAGACAAAGAAUUCUCAGUUCAGAGCUCAGCUCGGGCUGAAGAGAGUACUGCUAUCAUAGCUGUUGUACAGAAGAUGAUUGAAAACUAUGAAGCUCUUUUCAUGGUUUCCCCUGACCUUCAAAAUGAAGUGCUUAUUAGCCUAUUAGAGACUGACCCAGAUGUUGUGGACUAUUUGUUGAGGAGGAAAGCUUCCCAGUCAUCGAGCCCUGAGAUGCUGCGGUCAGAAGGUUCUUACUCCAUGGGAGGAAGACAUUCUUCCACAGACUCCAACAAAGCUUCAAGCGGAGAUGUCUCUCCUUACGACAACAACUCCCCGGUACUCUCUGAGCGUUCACUGAUGGCAAUGCAAGAAGAAGUCGCCCGCAGCCCAGAUAAGUUGUACAAAGUACCUGAGCAGUACACACUGGUUGGACAUUUGCAGCCUAAGACAAGGGAGAAUUCUUCUGCAUCACAGCCUGGAAAAGAUGUCUCCGAAGAUCACUUUGAUAUAUGGGGUACUUGGCAUUCAACACUGAAAAGCGGCUGCAAAGAUCCAGCAGUGGCAGGUUCUUAUGGGAACAUUUAUGAAAGCAGCUUGCUGCGACCUGGACAGUGCUCUCUUUCCCAAGGGAACCUCGCCAUGUAUUCUCCUCGGUGGCAGAGUAGCUCCUCUGAAUUGGACAAUGGCAGGCAGGUCAUGCGAAGGAGCCAGACGACUGCUGCCAUUCCAGAGUGUCAGAUCCAUCCCAUGGGGUCUCGGGUCUGCAGUAACCCACAAAUUGAAGUCAGCAGUAGGAGUUCAGACUUGUCACACUCAAAGUCAGAGCGGCACUUGACUUUAAGCAGUGUGGAGGACCUCAGUGACCACGACUUGAACAUGGGUUAUUUGCAAAGCACAGCCAAACCCUCCUACAGAAAAGAAAGGCCACCACCCCCUUACCCAGGCCCAGCAAAAACAAGCUCUGCGUUGACACAGCGAUCGAGCGUUUCUUCAACAUUGCACUCUUUAUGGAGACUUCAUCGCCAUGAAAAAAGUUCAGGGACCAGAGCAGCUGGAGGACCAUCGGCCAAAGCCCCUGACCAGGCCACCUUCAGGCAGGAGCAGCAGACCCCGCACACCCAAGCGGGUCACAUCUGUUCCACAGCACCUCACAGUCAGAACAGUAAAAAUGUUUCAGAGGCAGAGUGGCAUGAAUGGCAAAGGGAUAGGUGGCAAAUUUGGGAGCUUUUGUCAGCUGAUAACACCGAUGCCCUCCCAGAAACCCUUGUAUGAUUGGACUCCACAGAACUGCCUCUCAUACAUAUGCCUCCGUCUCAUAGGAAAACAACAGUGACAUUGGAAAAUGGGGAGGGCUUGUUUGUUUUGUAUCAACUGAAUUUCGUAUACUUUUUUUAAACUUUGUUCACUUUAAUUUCUUAACAGCACUGUCAAGCAGUCCAUUUACAAAUACAGUAUGUCCCUGUUUUACGGCAAGCUUUUGAAGAAAAAGCAAGAUGAAAAUUUUAGUCUAAUAACUUUGUAUGCAGACGCUGUGUAUAAGAUACAACUGUUGCUUUGAUGUUGCUAAAAAUAUAUUUAUAUAUCUGCAGUUUUGAUGAUUGUAUAUUCUGUAAUGGGUAUUGUAUGAUAAUCAUAUAUUAUGUUUUCAUAUACAGAUGUCAAUCAAUCGUGACUGCUUUUUUAAAAAUCACUGCACUUGCAUUAUCCUGAUAUGCAUUGAAAUUCUAUAGAAAGUGCACAAGCUGGUUUCUGUGCUUAUAAUAAGAAUACUGUUAAAAGGGGAAAUUGCCCUUCUUUUCACUGCCUAUUGAAAACACUAAAAUAGAGUGGAACAUGAAAAGCCAUAUGUUUUAUAAGGGAAGUAGCAUGCUUAGAGGGGAGAAUACCAAAUAUUUUUUCUUAUAAAUAUAUUUGAAAACAAAAUUAAAAUUUGUUACAAGAUUGUAAAAAUAUUUUUUUAGAUUCUGGUAGGAAGCAGCUCAGAGAAUCAACUAUGGGCAAGACUGUGCUUAAAUCAACUAAGGAUGUAGUGCAAAGGUCUGCCCUCCCAUCUAGAGGAAAACCAAUGUUAUGUAUACAGGAUAUAAUAUAUAUAUUUAUAAAUGUAUGGGUUUAUGUAUUGUUUUAAAACAAUAAACUGGAAUCCAAAUUUUAGAAAACGAAACCAAAUAAAUUGAGGUGUGCAACAACUGAGAGAAUAUGGCUUUUCCUUUGACAUAACGAAGCUUCAGCAUUAAGAAAGUUAGAGAAAGCAAAAAAAAAACCAAAUAGACAUAUUAAAGGGACUUUCGGAAAUGAACAUGAUGUUUGGAGAGGUUCACAGCUGCAUUUCUACACAUAUUGUGCCAAAAUCUGGGUCAACAGUACUUCUUCCAGUAACUGUGUUUCAUUGUUAAAUGUUGCUGUUUUAUACAGGUUCUGGUGUUUUUACGUUGCAAAACGAUUGUUUCUGGCCAGCAGGUGGCAAUGUACUUCAGUAUUCUAGAGGAAAUUCUUUUUGUAGCCUCAUAAGGGAAUGUGUAUCAUAUCAAAGGAAAUUUAUAACAUAUUAUUCUUAAUUUUAAUGAAGUUGAAGAUUUAUUCAGUGGUGUUGUCUUUAAGUUCUAUCUUGUGCCAUCAUGAUGGAAUAAAAAGCUAAGCAAAAUAACGAGCAUAUCUUUUGCUCCUUUUUUUGAAGUAACAUUUAUGUAAAGAUUGAUGGGGUUUUUUAUUAGAUCCUUGAGUAUCUCUGUCAAAAACAUAUGAAGGGCUUAGGAGCUUAUGGAGCACUUUCAGAUGCGACUUUAAAUAUACAAGAUCCAAGGUUUUACUUGAGUUUUAGGCUUAAAAUCCAUCAUAUAAGGAACCUGCCCAUCUUAUCCCCAUUUUUCUCAGUGCAGUUAUAACAUAAGAGCACCAAACCAAGUGGAAGGGGGCAGGAUUUGGCCUUUGACUGUUGUAGCACUGUGGGUCGCCAGCUCCUUUUAUGAAUACUGCUUUCGGAAUAAAUCUCAGCUCUGUUCUUGUAAUGCUUGUAAGGCUUUUCCAAAUAUCAUCUUCAUAUGAGAGUUGAUAGGGAGAUAUUGUUGCGUGUAGCUUAUUGCAGCAAUAUUAUUGUGUCAAUUUAUUACCAAAAAAAAUAUCACCAACACAAACCAAAAAGAUAGUGAAAUAUAAGGAAGGAUAAAAAUGAGGUCCUACAAGCAAUCAUCACUAUUUGAUCUUGUCACAAUCGCAGGCUUGACACAGACUUGCUACAGUGAAUUAAAGCUCACUCUAAGUCUUCAAAACCAUGCACAGUGUAAAUCCUGUUGCAGAAGAUAUUCUAUUCACUAGAUGUCUAUCUCUUCAUUAUAAAUCCCUUUCUAAAUACAGAAGCGCCUGCGCAUUUUUAACACUUUUAGUGAAAGAUGUCUAAUGAUUGCUCAGCCUCACAAAGAGCUUGCUUUUUGCCAGUACCUCUCUCUGCAGAAACACGUAUAUAUGUGUGUAUUACCAUCAUCUAAAUGCAGCUUAUGUGAAAAUGGACAACAAAAAAACAAGACCACUGCUGGAAGAUAACUUUGUCUGCACGCAUUUCAAUAUAUAAUUGUUUGGAA